AUGUCGCUCGAUUGCGGCUUCCUCAACGUCACAGAAUGUCUUGUGCAGGCCGCAGACCGCAUCGUCGCCGAGGUCAGACAGGGCAACGAGGAGUUCAACUGGGACCCCUUGAGCUUCGCCGUGACAGCCAUCAUCGGCAUGGUCGCCCUCUUGUUCGCCGGCCUCACCAUCGUCCAGGGAUUCCUCACAUUGGGUCCCGGGAGGCACAAGUGCAGCGAGUAUGCGAUCGGCUCCUGGGCGCAGUACUCGACGCACCGCUGGGACAUGUCGGAGCUGCGCUUUCGAUCCGAGGCCUACACCCCGAUCCUGGACUGCGGCAAAUUGGUCUUUGAUGCAUUAACACAUACUAGGAGGCAGCAGGGGCAACAACAGGGCGAGGACUUCAAUGUCAGUGGAAGCACGUCCGAUGGGAAUCAAGAGAGGAUCAGCUUGGUCCAGAAAAAAGCAUACGAAUACUACCCAGCCACCUGGCUUGCCUUCCUGACAAUCCUCGACCUGGACCACCCGCACUACUUUGACAUGAAGGUCUCAGGGCCAGAUUACAUGCCUUCGGACCUGACUUCUGCGCCCGCGUACGCUUCCGUCCGGGACAUGUACACCCUGUGCGCCAUGAUGGGAGCCGAGGGGCACCGGCUGCGAAUAGGAGCACAGGAGGGAGGCGGGCCGCCCUCGAUGCACAGCGAGACCUUUGACCUCAACUUCCGACAGCAUCCCCUCCUAGGCACCUACGGCGUCGUGCAGACGUAUGGGGCGCUGAAGACACGUGGCAGCCGCGUAAAAACACCCGAGGAGCGCUCGGGACAGCCUCUCUUGAGACUACGUCUCCAACGGCGGACGGCAGAUGUACAAUCGAUGCAUUUCUACCAAGAUGAAACGGCGCAGACGGCCAUCUUACUAACCAACGGGUACAUCCCCCAACACAGCUUGAUUGGCAACCAGGUCAUCCUCAUGAAAGCGCACUGCUCGCGCCCACUCUCCGAGAUACAGCAUCGAGGUCGGUACUGGAGAGCGCAUGCCCUGGAUCGACUCAGCAGGGCGAUUCAGAGGUCGCAUAGAGAUGCAGGCUUGACGAAGCUCGAGUGCUCCCCCAGCUCGGACGUCCCAUGGCCGCGGUGGUGCAGCAUGCCCGUGUCCUUUUCAGAGGCGUCCGCGUUGAUCAGCAUGGACGUGUUCCAGGGCGGAUUACACCUCCUUGGGGCCUCGACCACAAACCAUCUCACGCCAAAGCUAUUCCCGAUUCGGACAAUGGAGAUUGGCACGAGACUGCUGGGGUUGAUUUCGCUCAGUCGUCUGUGGUCUCUGGGGCAGACGGAUCCUGCGCAAUGCGCCAACCCUGACGCGCCGCCGCACUUGUUGCGCCUGAUGGUGAAGCCUUUGGAUCGUCCGGGUAGCGAGGAUGAGCAGAACACCCCACGAGAAGGCGAUAUCUUCUUUUCCGAUCCAGAUGUAUUCGCCUUGUGUCGCAAAUACAUCAAGAUAAGAGGCUGGCAGGAACCAUUAUGGGAAUUGACGAGGGACAGAACUACACUUGUGCAAAAAGAGCUUGACAGGAUCGAUAGGUGGCUUGGCAUCGACGAAUAUUCAUCUCGCACUUCAGGAACACGGGUGGCGUGCAGGUGGCUCGCGCUCAGCUGCACCGCGGCAGCCUGCUGGAAGGUGUCUCCGACCGACAUGCGCUUCCGGAAUCGGUGUCCAUGGCUGAAGAUAUCGACGACAACGAGGCGUGGUCCUGUCGAUCCGGCCGAGUUGCGGUUCAUUACGCCAGAGGUGAAGUCGAACGUCGAGCGUCUCCUUGACGACACGACCAGGUUCUGUGACUGGUUCCCCUCACGUGCAAAGGGUCUGGUGCAGGAGAGCCUCUACGGUGCGGCGGACGAUAUUCUGGGUCCGUGCAGGGGAGACCCGCUGGAGCAGGAAGUAUUCGACUUGCUGGUCCGUGAGCUUCGCAAGUUUGAACAGAUAUGGACUGCAGAUGCGGAGCAGUACCCGUUGGACAACCUACUCAUCUACCGUGCGAUUCUGGCUGCUGUGCGUCUAAGCCUCGCAACGGAUAAUAGUUCGCUUGUGGAUAACGAGGCAUAUUUGCGACUGGUGCCUAUUCUUUAG